AGAGGGCAGCAUGCAGUCAGCUCCAGCAGGUUUGUGGGACCCCCAUGGACCCCAGUCUAAAGAUGUCUCCUCUCUCCCCGUACACACACCCUCCGCCUCUCGCCUCUCCCAUGUGAUCGCUGCACCACCGGCUAAGAGAAUCACCUUUUACAAGAGCGGCGACGAUAAGUUUGCGGGAGUGAGGAUGGCCGUCCACAAACGCAGCUUCAAAUGCUUUGACGCACUGCUGGACGACCUGUCGCAGAAGGUGCCCCUGCCGUUUGGAGUACGUACGGUCACCACCCCCAGAGGAAUCCACAGUAUUAAACAUCUAGAGCAGCUGGAGGACGGUGGGUGCUACCUCUGCUCUGACAGGCGGCAGGCUAAACCAAUCAACAUAGAGCUGGCUGGCAAACGUCCCGCCCUCUGGCACCACAACAGUCGAAGAGUGCCACAGCGACCAGCAGAAGACCCUCCUCUUCCCAGUGCUCCAAGCCACACCCCAACACGGCAGCGACGCAUCCUAUUGGUCAGGAACAGCGACCCUGCAGUGAGGAGGAGUGUGAUUCUGAGUCGCCGCUCGGCCCGGAGCCUCCGAGUGUUUCUGGAGGGCAUCUCGGAAAUUAUGCAGUGUCACGUCAGGAAAUUAUACACGCUAGAGGGACGCAAGAUUGACAGUGCACAGAGCCUGAUGACGUGUCCAGGUGUGUUGGUGUGUGUGGGUCGAGAGCCCUUCAGACCCCUACUCCUGAACUAUGUAGCCAAGCAGGAGAAACUACCUGGACUGGGGACGCGGUCACCUGGCAGUGGGGCCCGGUCUCCCGAUGCUGGAGCCCGGUCACCUCGUAAUGGUCAGGGAGCUCGAUCACGGUCCAGUGUCUGCAGCGAAGGACACAGCAGCAAGAAGAACGUGAACUUUGGUCUGGAGACUAAGAAGACCAUCAUCCAUCCUCUCUCAGACUCUUCCAACCGCUCCACCCGCUUCUCUCUGUCCUCUGACAAGUCCUACCCUAAUGGCCUCAGCAGCCAAGGUGGCAAGGAGGCGGUGCUUAACGAUGACAUAGAGAAGCGGGUACUGGUGAACAAAGACGGCAGCCUGUCUGUAGAGAUGAGGGUGCGGUUUCGUCUCCAUAACGACGAGAGGCUCCAGUGGUCCACAGAGAUUAAGAAGUCUCCCCCUGACUCUCUGACCAAUGACUGCUGUCCCCUCAGGGAAGCCCCGCCCUGCUUCCUACAGCAAGGUCAAUCAGAAAGCUGCUCAGACCCUGACUCCGCCUCCUGUGUUGUUGAAGCUGCCAACUACACCCCCAAGCCUCCACAGCGCUCCCUGGAGGAGCCACAGUCACAUUAUGCCUGCUGCUUCCAGAGACAGGAGUAUGACCUUUGGGAGAACCCCGCCCACAUCCAGACUUCUAAGCACUCACACUCCAGGGUUAGGCACACCCACUCCUCAAGCUCCUCCUCCUCCUGCCGCUCCAGCAGGUUGGUGAGGAGGCGUGCGACCCACAGGGAGUGCUCAGAGCUCGGAAGGGUUGUCCAUGGAAUGGUGGAGGUGUGUACAGUCAGCAGCAGCUGCAGCCACAGCGAGCUUAACCUUGGUGCCACAGACAACCAGGGGGAGGAGCGUCCUCUGUCUAGCUCCUCCCAUGUGCUCCAAGCACUUCAGGACGAUGUGGAUGACCUCCCUCCCAGCGUCUCACGCUGCUGCCAUAGCAACGACCCCCCACAAGCCCUCCCCUUGACCCCACAGCCUCCCAGACCUAUGUCUACUUCCUCCAGGAGCAGAAAACACACCCCUGCCCUACAGGGAGAGGAGAGGGGGAGCAAACCCUCCUCCCGGCGUUCUAGUAACUCGUGCUCCUGCUGCAGAGGAGAAGUCACCCCUAAGGCCGACGAGGAGAGAGUGGACAGCUCGUUGUCGAAGGCCAGCCAAGUUUCCCACGGAUCCAGAUCUCCCUCCAAUAGAAUCAGGAUCCCUGUGGCUCCAGAGGAGGGAGAUGAUGAAGCUGAGCAGGGUGGGAAGAGGGCAGUCAGCGUCUCCGGUGGCUCAGGGGGUCCAUUGGGUUACGACCCUGUGUCCUGCCACUCACAGAAGUCACAUACGUCAAAACGAUCUCAAGAAGAAGAGGAGGAGGAGAGGUCAGGGAGAGGACUCUCAGGUGGCUCAGAUGAGUGUGGAUUUUGUCAGAGGACCAACAAGUCCAACUGUACCCACUUCUACCAAGAGGGCCGAGCAGCCAGCCUGAUGUCACACAUGUCUCUGCCCGAGGAGGGAGAAGAUACAGGGACGGAGGGAGAGGAUACAGGGAAGGAGGGAGAGGUAGAGAUUGGAGAGAAAAUAGAGGAAGGGGAGAAAGACGAGAGAGCAGCCAGUGUCCUCUCAGCCAAAUCCUUCUCUUCAGUCAAGGGCAGGACCUCCAGAACCUCCCAGAAGUCUAAGGCUUCAGAAUCCCUCGCAGACAUGGAGGAACAAAUGGAAGAACCGAUGGAGCGAGAAGUGAAAGAGGGAGAGGUAGAAGAUGGAGGGGAGCAGAGAGCAGCAAGCAUUAUGUCAGUUACAUCUAAUCUCUCGGCCAAGUCCAGCAGAUCUCAUACAUCUACCUGUAGCAACGCAGAUGGGUCCACCAAAGCUUCAGAGAGGGCAUCGUCUCCCAGAUCAGAACCAGACGUCGCCGAGGAUACAGGAGCAGCGGAGACAGAGGAGAGAGGAGCCAGUGUCAUGUCAGCUAAAACUAACACUUCAGCAAAUUCCAGCAGAUCCCAUAAGUCUACCAAAAGUCAUAAUGCUGCCAGCUCUGAAACACCUGAAGCCACUGCUAAUGAGACAACAGGUGAAGGUGAAGAGGAAGAAGUGGGCGAGAAAACAGAGGAGAGGUUAGAGAGCUCCAUGUCUGUUAGAUCUAACCUCUCAGCAAAGUCUCGUAGGUCCUGUAAGUCUACCUGCAGCAAAGCAGAACAGGUCCUUUCCGCCAACUCACCAGAGGUACCAGCUACUGAACCUGAACCUACUGGAGAGGAUGAGGGAGAGGAGAGAGCAACGAUCUCCACGUCUGUUAAAUCUAACCUCUCAGCCAAGUCCAGCAGGUCUCAUAAGUCAACCUGCAGUAGGAGUAUUAGAGUUGUUUCUCCAAAACCAGCAGCGAGUGAAACUCUCGUCAACGAUCCAGCAGACGGGGAUGCAGCGGGUACAUUGUCAGCUAAAACCAAUGCUUCAGCAAAGUCCCGUAGGUCUUGUAAGUCUACAGGAGAUGAUGAGGGAGAGGAGAGAGAAGCAAGAGCCAUAUCAGCUAAAACGAGGGCUUCUAUCAAGUUCAGCAGGACCCACAAGUCUGCCUGUAAAGCUGCCUCUCCGAAGCCAGCCGCAUGUCAAACUCCUGUCAACGAUCCAGAGGAGAAAACAGAGGAAGAGAAGACAGCGAGUGCAUUGUCAGCUAAAACCAGUGCUUCUGUCAGAUCUAGCAGGUCUCACAAGUCUACCUGUAGUAGGAGUGUUAGGACACCUGUUGCUAAAGACAUCCCUGCUAUUGAAACAACAGAGGGAGAUGAGAAUGGGUCUGCUACUGCUGCUGCCGGAGAAACAGAGGAGAGACCAGCAGGCGCCAUUUUGGAUAACAAUAAUGCCUCAGUGAAAUCCAGCAGGUCUCACAAGUCUACCUGUAGUAGGAGUGUUAAGGCUGAGACACCUGUUGCUAAAGACAUCCCUGCUAUUGAAACAACAGAGGGAGAUGAGAAUGGGUCUGCUACUGCUGCUGCCGGAGAAACAGAGGAGAGACCAGCGAGCGCCAUUUUGGAUAACAAUAAUGCCUCAGUGCAAUCCAGCAUAUCUCACAAGUCUACCUGCAGCAAAGCAGAACGGGGCCCUUCCUCCAACUCACCAGAGGUGCCAGCGACUGAGCCUGAAUCUACUGGAGAUGAUGAGGGAGAGAAGAGAGCAGCAAGUGCCACGUCAAAGUCCAGCAGGUCCCUCAAGUCUACCUGCAGUAGGAAUGUCAGGGCUGAGACUCCGGGGACUAAAGACAUCCCUGUUAUUACGACGACAGGGGGAGAGGAGACGGUUGACGAUACAACUGCUGCUGGAGACACAGAGGAGAGACCGCCGAGCGCCAUCUCAGCUAAAACCAGUGCUUCAGUCAAGUCCAGCAGGUCUCAUAAAUCUACCUGCAGCAGGAGGGCUGAGAGUCAAAGAUCUCAACCAGCCGAUGUCCCUGUUAUUGAAACAACAGGAAGAGACAAGGUCGGAGAGGAGAAAGAGAGAGCAGACAGUGUCAUGUCAGCUAAAUCUAACGCUUCAGCAAUGUCCCGCAAGUCCAACAGGCCCACCUGUAAUGGAAGUAGUAGAGCAGUCUCUCCAGUGGCUCAAGAUGUUCCUGCUAUCAAGACGACAGGUGGAAAAGAACGGAGAGACAAAUCCACCGUCUCUGUCAAGACCAACAGAUCUCAUAAGUCAUCCAGUGGUAGGAGGGCUGAAACUCCAACUGCAGAACAAGCUGAUGUUAAUGAGACCACCGGAAGGGACGAGAAGGGAGACGGGACAGAGAGACCAGCGAGUGCCAUGUCGACAAACUAUAAUGCUUCAGCAAUGUCCAGCAGAUCUCACAAGUCCACCUGUAAUAGUGGAAGUGCUAGAGCGGUCUCUCCGGCACCUAAAACAGGAGACGUCCCUGCCAUUGAAACAACCGGGGUUGAAAGGGAGGGAGAGAAAACAGAGGAGAGACCAGCUAGCGCCAUGUCGGCUAAAUCUCACAUCUCAGCUAAGUCCAGUACAUCUCAUACGUCUAAUGGUAGUAACAGAAGUACAUUUCUGCACCUGAAAAAAGAGAGAGGUGAGAGAGGUGUUAGACCUGCCCCCAGCACUACAGGAAAUGACCUUGAGACAGGCAGUGGGAAAUCUGCAAUGAGCACAAAACCCAAAAGAAACGCAGAUUCCUCCACCACCAGACCCCUCUCCACAGCAUCACAGGCCAAUGCUAAAUCCACCAAUCAGACACCGCCUGCCACCACCGAGACCAAAGAGGAGUCUCAAAGUCAUGCCACGAGCCGACCUGCCAGCACGGCUGCACACAGAGGUGAUGAUGUCAGAGAUCAUGUCACAGAGAAGAAAGCUCCCAGCGUACAUUCUAAGAGCCCUGCUAAAGCAGGAGGAGACUCAAGAGCGGCUUCCUUCGCCCGCUCCACCAGGUCAAAGGUGAAAGUUCAGAAGGCCAGCGAGGACGAUGAGAUGCCAGAGACAAGGGCCUCCUUCAUGCAAGUGAAAGGUCACAGGGUCAAAGCUCAGAGUGACACGGGCAGCGUUCACUCCGUGAAAACCUCCAAAACGGAUAAGAUUGGGAUAAAAGGGAAUUCCAAGCCAAACUGGGUACGGCCAGCGUCAGCGAGCCUCCUCUCCCAGUCCCUGUCUGCAGCUGACCUGCUCAGGGGGAACAUGGCCGCCUCGCACCUCUCCAGCCCUGCAGGGUCAAAGGUUAGAAUCCCUGAUAGUGGGAAGAGUGGGAAGAGUGGGAGUAGCCAGAGGAUGAGGAAGCUCAAACAGGAAGAGGCAGAGCUAGAGGAGCUGGGUCCCCUCUGUCUGCCAAAAACCUCACCCAAUGACAUUGUCAGUGAUUGGCUGAGAGGCAUCCCUGCUGACAGCGGCAUGGAUAACCCUGAAGAUGAGAUGAACGAGGGAAUUGAAGAGACAGAAGUAAAAAGAGAGGAAGGAGAUGAGAAAGGAGGGGAAACAGAGGGACAAGGAGGAGAGGAGACUGAGGAGAAACGAGAACCGAUUGAAACUACAGAGAUGGAGCAGGAGAACACGGCUGAAACAGGACAACAAGAAGAGGAAGAGGAGCAGGAGAACACGGCUGAAGCAGGACAACAAGAAGAGGAAGAGGAGCAGGAGAACAUGGCUGAAACAGGACAACAAGAAGAGGAAGAGGAGCAGGAGAACAUGGCUGAAACAGGACAACAAGAAGAGGAAGAGGAGCAGGAGAACACGGCUGAAACAGGACAACAAGAAGAGGAAGAGGAGCAGGAGAACACGGCUGAAACAGGACAACAAGAAGAGGAAGAGGAGCAGGAGAACACGGCUGAAACAGGACAACAAGAAGAGGAAGAGGAGCAGGAGAACACGGCUGAAGCAGGACAACAAGAAGAGGAAGAGGAGCAGGAGAACACGGCUGAAACAGGACAACAAGAAGAGGAAGAGGAGCAGGAGAACACGGCUGAAACAGGACAACAAGAAGAGGAAGAGGAGCAGGAGAACACGGCUGAAACAGGACAACAAGAAGAGGAAGAGGAGCAGGAGAACACGGCUGAAGCAGGACAACAAGAAGAGGAAGAGGAGCAGGAGAACAUGGCUGAAACAGGACAACAAGAAGAGGAAGAGGAGCAGGAGAACACGGCUGAAGCAGGACAACAAGAAGAGGAAGAGGAGCAGGAGAACAUGGCUGAAACAGGACAACAAGAAGAGGAAGAGGAGCAGGAGAACACGGCUGAAACAGGACAACAGGAAGAGGAAGAGGAGCAGGAGAACACGGCUGAAACAGGACAACAAGAAGAGGAAGAGGAGCAGGAGAACACGGCUGAAACAGGACAACAAGAAGAGGAAGAGGAGCAGGAGAACACUGCUGAAACAGGACAACAGGAAGAGGAAGAGGAGCAGGAGAACACGGCUGAAACAGGACAACAAGAAGAGGAAGAGGAGCAGGAGAACACGGCUGAAACAGGACAACAAGAAGAGGAAGAGGAGCAGGAGAACACGGCUGAAACAGGACAACAAGAAGAGGAAGAGGAGCAGGAGAACACGGCUGAAACAGGACAACAAGAAGAGGAAGAGGAGCAGGAGAACACGGCUGAAACAGGACAACAAGAAGAGGAAGAGGAGCAGGAGAACAUGGCUGAAACAGGACAACAAGAAGAGGAAGAGGAGCAGGAGAACAUGGCUGAAACAGGACAACAAGAAGAGGAAGAGGAGCAGGAGAACACGGCUGAAACAGGACAACAAGAAGAGGAAGAGGAGCAGGAGAACACGGCUGAAACAGGACAACAAGAAGAGGAAGAGGAGCAGGAGAACAUGGCUGAAACAGGACAACAAGAAGAGGAAGAGGAGCAGGAGAACAUGGCUGAAACAGGACAACAGGAAGAGGAAGAGGAGCAGGAGAACACGGCUGAAACAGGACAACAAGAAGAGGAAGAGGAGCAGGAGAACACGGCUGAAACAGGACAACAAGAAGAGGAAGAGGAGCAGGAGAACACGGCUGAAACAGGACAACAGGAUGAGGAAGUAAAGAAGGCUGCCCGGCAACCAGAGGAAGAGGGAGAGGUGGAAGAGGAGGAGGAAGAGAGUGGAGAGGAGGAGGAGGAAGCAGCAGCGGGGGAGAAGGAGAAGAAAGAUGAAGAAGAAGAGGAGAGAGACUGCCACUCAUCUGUGACAGUAAUGAAGGUUUUACUGAACCCUACACUGGGCCGAUGCAGCUCCCUUCCCGAGAUAAGUCCAGUGUACGGACGCAGACUGAGCUCCUCUGCUAAAGGUCUGCUGGACUGUCUGGCCCAGCUGCAGCUCAUCGACCCGCCCCCUUCUCCAGCUGCAGCCCCAGGCCCUGACCGGGAUCAGCGGUACCAAGAGGUCAUGGAUAUACUAGAGUCACUGUGGCUGUCUAAGCCCGACCUCGAGAAGAGGAAGGAGGAGGGAGAGACAGAGGAGAAGGAGAAGCUAAAAGAUUCUGGUGUGGACCUGAGCAGCGGCUCAGCAGGGUCUGGGGACAUCGCCAGCCAAGUGCGGAGCAGCCCAGGGGAGGAUGAGUCGCCCCCAGGGACAGGUGAGAUGCUGCAGACCCUUGAGAGACUCAAAACCCCAGGGAGCCCAUCCUCUUCAGACAGCACAGCCUACAAAUCCCCCACUGACACAGAGACAGACACCCCGGAGGACACCCCUGAGGACACCCCCAACUCAGGGACACCCCCGUCAGUCCAACAAGCGCUGCUCACCAAGCGUGUCUCCCAGGACCCUGACCCGGUCUGGGUUCUCAACCUGCUGAAGAAGCUGGAGAAACAGUUCAUGACCCACUACGUGGACGCCAUGGCCGAGUUAAAGGUGCGUUGGGACCUAGACAACAGUGUGAUGUUGGACACUAUGAUCACUGAGCUGAGAGAUGAGGUGAAGAAGAGGAUCCAGAUGAGCAUUGAUCGUGAACUGAGGAAGAUUCGGGGACGGGCAGGCCGGCCGCGACCCCCUGACAUGUCCCGGGAGUCAACCAUAACAGACCAGAGGAGGCGGAGGUUGAAGGUCAUGAAGGUCCAGUCGGUAAACGAGAGUGAUGGAGAGCAGGGUUCAGGCGAUGUUAGCGACCAGCGCAGUGAGGACGAGUACUGUCCCUGCGACGCCUGCAUACAGAAAAAGGCGGAGGACAAGGCAAUCAAAAUGGAGGCUGUGGUUGCCAAGGCGCCGGUGAUGAUGGCGUUUGAUCUGCGUAAGAUCCUGCAGAUGAAGAAAGACCCAGAGUCUCCAGCGCCCCCUAGCCCCACGGAGGGGAAGAAUAAUGACAAACUGGAAGAGGAGGAGGAGGAGGAACAGGUUGGGAAUCUAGAGGUGGUACACGAAGACGAGGAAGAGGAGGAGACAAAGGAGGAUAUUAUACCAACUGUUAUAGAGGAAGAUAUCUCUGAGAAGGAAGAGGAAGGAGUGACUGGGGGAGAGGAGGGAGAGGAGGAGGGACAGGAGAGUCACGGAGCUGAGUCUCGGAUGGGUGAAGUAGAGGAGGAAAUAGCUGAGGAGAUAGGGGCUGAAGAACAGGAGGAGGAUGGAGUGGUAGAGGGAACUGAGGAUGAGGAGGAGGAGGCAGGGGAAGGAGAGACGGGGUGUGAAAGUGCAGGAGAAGAUGGUGUGGAGGGGGCGGAGACUGGAGAGGGGGAGGAGUUAGUAGAAGGGGAGGAGGAAGAAGCAGGGGAAGCUGAAGCAGGAGAUCAGGAAAAAGCUGGUGGAGAUGAAGCAGGAGAUCAGGAGGAAGCUGCAGGAGAUGAAGAGACCGGAGUAGCGGGAGAGACAGGGGGAGAGGGAGAGACAGGGGGAGAGGGAGAGACAGGGGGAGAGGGAGAGACAGGGGGAGAGGAGGAGACCGGAGUAGCGGGAGAGACAGGGGGAGAGGGAGAAACAGGAGGAGAGGAGGAGACCGGAGUAGCGGGAGAGACAGGGGGAGAGGGAGAGACAGGAGGAGAGGAGGAGACCGGAGUAGCGGGAGAGACAGGGGGAGAGGGAGAGACAGGAGGAGAGGAGGAGACCGGAGUAGCGGGAGAGACAGGGGGAGAGGGAGAAACAGGAGGAGAGGGAGAGACAGGGGGAGAGGGAGAAACAGGAGGAGAGGGAGAGACAGGGGGAGAGGGAGAGACAGGGGGAGAGGGAGAAACAGGAGGAGAGGAGGAGGUGCAGUUGAAUGCUGUGGCGGAAUUUAAUCCUGAAAACGAGGAGGGUGAGGAGACGGAGGGAAAUAAAGAAAUCGCUCUGAUCCACCAGAUGACCAGAACCUCUGUGGAGUCCCAGCAAGGAUCAAUGGAGAACACAGACCCGGAGCCCAGGGCAUCAGACCCAGUUUCACAAAUGUGCUCCUUAACCCUGAUAGAGCCCAAUGAAACUGUCUCUGAUGGACACCAGAUGGCAUCUGCGGGGGAAGGGUCAGGGGGGAAAGGCCAGAGGAGGAGCCGAUCUCCAGCCAGAACCAAACGCAGGAAACCAAAAGAGAACGACAUAGAACUGGACGUCCUAGAUCUGUAA